AUGUGUUCUUCUCUCACCUCCAUCACUUUUGAACUGAAAACCCGCGAACCGAAGCUGAUACCAGCCCAGUUCAAGCCACCAUUCAACAAGAUGGGUUCCAUCCUCCUCUUGACCUACUACAACGACUGCGGCCAGUUCGUCUUCAAGAACAACCCUGGUCGGCCCAUCUCAGAAACUUCGCCUUUGCUGCAAGGUGCUCCAGCCGAGUGA